CUGCCGUACAGUGUGUCACAUCAAAACACUGGCUAUCUGAGUUAUUUAGAUAAGAAAAUUCUUACGCCUCUGGCAGAUAGCCAAUGCGGAGAAAAACAGAAGAAGAGAUAAAGAAAACAAUGCCAACAUUUUAAGCGCCAUGUGUCAUUAACAGUUGCGUCAAAAUUCUAACCCCUUUCCAACGUUUCGAACGGAUAAAGAAAACGGUUAAAUACGUCGUUUCGCUGUUUUUUAAAUUUAAACUCGUGGAUACGAUAAAAAAAACAGUCGUUUGUUCCGAACGUUGAAAAAUCAACAACCUGACGAUUAUAACCUCAAAAUGAAGGAUUGUCAAAACGCCGAUCGGAACAGUUUCGUUUGGUGAAAACAAGUGUGUGAAAGGCUGAAACUGAGUUUUGAACAGUGAAAAACGCGAUGUGAAAAAGAAUGGUCGUUUAUCAAUGAUUUUUUAUUUUGACACUUGUGCGUGUAUUCAAACUUUUCGACGAACAAUAAUGAUUACGACCAAGCAGUGUUGUACAAGUUUCACGGUGUUUUUAUUCCACCAAACCUCACUAAUUUGUCGGAAUAAUGAUAUGAGACUCAAAUGAUUUGAGUGAGAGGCAAUUGAGUGAAAUAAAAUUGUUCAGACCUGGGGAUACAAACAUGAUUGCUCACUUGUCCCAUGUGAUGACACUUGCCAACAGUAUAAUUGGCGUAAGCGUUUUGGCAAUGCCUUUUUGUUUUAAACAAUGCGGCAUUGUUUUAGCAGUUUUAGUACUUUCGACAAGCAGUGUUUUGUCAAGAUUAGCUUGUCAUUUUCUCAUCAAAUCAGCGGUCAUGUCCAGGCGUAGAAAUUUUGAAUUCUUAGCGUUUCAUGCUUUUGGAACAACAGGGAAACUGCUAGUCGAACUUUUCAUUAUUGGCUUUCUUCUCGGGACUUGCAUCGCGUUUUUUGUUGUCGUCGGCGAUCUUGGACCACAAAUCAUUGGCAAAAUGCUUAACAAAAAUCCAGAAGACAUUAGAACCAGCGUCCUAGUUACGACUGCUACCUUUAUUGUUUUCCCACUUGGCCUGCUUAGAAAUAUCGACAGCCUCAGCAGUGUUUGCACAGCUACCAUAGGAUUUUAUCUAUGCCUCGUUCUUAAGGUUAUUUGUGAGUCAACGAGGCAUAUUCUGCUCGGUGACUGGUACAACAGCGUGAUUUACUGGAGACCCGCUGGAAUUUUACAAUGUUUACCUAUUUUUUCCAUGGCACUUUUCUGCCAGACUCAAUUGUUUGAAAUCUACGAGGCGAUACCGAACGUUUGUUUGGAAAAGAUGAAUCAGGUAGUUCGAGGGGCUCUGAACAUUUGCACCGCUGUUUACCUUUGUGUUGGAUUCUUCGGUUACGUUGCAUUUUGCACUCAACCGUUUACAGGCAAUAUUCUUAUGAGUUUCGAGCCGAGCUUGACUUCGGACGUCAUUAAAAUGGGAUUUGUGUUUUCGGUUGCCUUUAGCUUCCCCCUCGUUAUUUUUCCCUGCCGAGCAAGUUUGAAUUCUCUUCUGUUCCGCGGGGCUCAUGGUCACGAUCCUGCGAUAAAUUAUAUUCCAGAAGUGAGAUUCAGAUGGCUGACUUUUGCUAUAGUUUCCAUGUCCCUCGGAACUGGAAUUCUCAUACCGAAUAUCGAGUUUUUACUCGGCAUCAUUGGCUCCACUAUCGGCGUCAUGAUUUGCCUCAUUUUUCCUGCUGCUUUCUUCAUUUCCAUCAGUACAAAAAAUACCAACGAGCGACUUAUUGCCCAAGCAAUUUUAUUUCUCGGUAUGUGGAUAAUGGUCCUUGGUACAUAUGCGAAUAUCUAUGCCAUGGAGGACUCGUCGAAUGCCAGAGUUUUGAUGACGACUGGAAAACCGUUGAUCGAUCAAUUCAAUGAUUUCCCUUUGAAGGAAAUACUCAAAGAAGAUUUUUCGAUAAACGAUAUAAAUAUUUUGCCAAAAAAAGAGAAAGACAAAAUGACUGAACCAAAAGUGAAAGCCCCAGAAAUUUCAGACGUUAGACACGAGCCACCGAUUCCGGUUGAACGUGAAAUAGUGACGGAAAAAUUAGUGAUGGAUUCAAAAAUCUCGACCGGUGUGCCCCGGUCAUUAGAAAAUAUCGAUCCGAAAGUUAGUAAAAACGAAGCCAACGUCGUUGGUCAAGUUGAUGAAAAGUUGAAUGAGCCUCAGAAGGCAAUUGUGAUCUCUGACUCACAAGAAGCAGUGAAAAAAAAGGAGGAAAAUGAAAAAGCAUUGAAUAGUGGCAUCCUGGAAUCCAAAAACGAUAAUCUCAUUGACUCCGAUGCGAUAAAGAAAGAAGAAACAGAAUUAGAAGCUGCAGCAGGUGAAAUCGCCUUUGCUGCUGCUGUGAGACACGAAAAACUGCGACAAGUUUUGGAAAAACACAAAUUGGCACAAAUGGAAAUGAUGCAGGAGCAGAAGGAACUUCUGAAGGAUAUUAAAGAACAGAAACAAGAACUUGAAGCUUUGGAACUCGAAAAAAAACGUUUUGUCGACAAGCAAAAUAAAAUUGAUAAAAAAAUUGAUGCUAUUGAGAAAAAAGAUGGAAAUAUUUUUGAAGCGCUGCAACAGAAAGGUCAAGUUUCUGCAAACCAAGAAAAACAAGCUCUACAGAAUGAUAAAGUUGUCAGAGAGGCUGGAGAAAACCCUCUACAGAAGGAAAAACUAGUUUCAGGGAAUGAACGAAUUGUCCCAGUAGAAAAAAAAAAUGUUUCCAGUGAAAAAAGGGCUGUGGUCGAUGAAAAAGGUGUGCCCAAAGCAGAAAACGCUUUGCCGAUUAAAAUAAUCACUCCUGAAGAGCGACAACCGUUGAGGCUCGAAAAAACUGUUCCCAAGGAAAAUAAAGUGCUGGCAGAAGAGCAAAUUGCAUCAAGGGAAACAAGGAUAUCAUCGAUAUCCUUAAAAACUUUGGACGAAGAAUCUCACGGUCCAAUCCUAAACGCUCUGACAAAUUGGACUUUGAAAAAGUCUGGCGAUGAGAAUUUCGAGCUGGAAGUUGCUCAAAAGCAUUCGAUUGAAAAUUCAUCAGAAAAUGGCGACCCCCACGGAGCCGCCCCCAUCAAUUUGCCAAUCGCUUUGCGAAUGAGUGAAAAAGCAAAAAAAUUGUCGAGUGUUGACGAAAACUCGAAGGUUCAUUCGACAAACAACAGCGUAGAUGGAAAUCUGCCACUCCGACGGGACAUUCUUCAGCAUGCAGACACAGAAGAGAGGGGAAAAAGAGAAGCUGGCCUAGAGAAGGAAGGAAAUGAGAACAAAAAUGGUAGAGAGUUGGAAAAAAUUAAUGAAAGUAUGGAAACUUCUAACAAUAGAGAAUCGGAAGUACAAAAUGAUAUGGAUUCAGAAAGAAGUGGAAAAAUUCAUACAGGAACAAUCGAGAAUGAAAAUUCCAUAAACUUGCUUACUAAAGAACAAUGCAAAAUACGACUUGCCAACAAAAAUUCAAAUAUCGUAGAUGAGAAUGUUAGAACACUGAAAAAAAGAGAUUUGAAAAAAUUUCACAGCCCAAUCUGAGAAUCAGCCAAUGCAAAUAUGUUGAUAAAAGAAUACGCAACAUUUCCAGUACAAUGAACUAUUCAAAGAGGCAUAAAUUAUUUUCAAGAGAGUAUUUUAUAAAGCAAAAAAUAAUGAUAUGUAAACGACGCAAAAGAAUAACAGUCGAGAGCUUUUCAUUGUGUGUGCUUAAAUAAAACGUAUAUUUUUCUGUGAAAAAA